UUCCCGUGUGGUUGUGUGAGAAGAGACAAGGAAAGAUGGCGACGCAGGAGAGCGAAGCAACGAGAGCCGCUGGAAGCAACGGCGAGGUGAACAGCAAUGGAACUGCUGCGACGACAGACGGCCAGGCAGUGCAGACAGCUGGAAAUGGACAAGAGGCUCAACAACAACAACAGCAGCAGCAGCCGGCACCAAACGCAUGGCAGGUCAUCAAAGGAGUGCUCUUCAGAAUCUUUGUCAUCUGGGCCAUAAGUAGCUGGUUCCGCCGAGGCCCGUCCACCCCUGACCCCAGCACGCCGGCCGGUGCACCCAGAGUGCCCAGCAGAAACCUCUUCCCCAAGGACACGCUCAUGGACCUUUACGUCUAUGUCUCCCAGGAAGAGGUGUUCACUGACUUCAACAACACAGAGUCCCUCUUCUGGUUCCACAGGGAUCUGGUUUAUGGCGACUGGACCACGGGGGAGAACGGAGACGGCUGCUACGAGCAGUAUAAAGAGAUGGAGAUCCCUGAGGCUGUUCAACAGAACGGAUCCCUUUAUAUCCAUGUCUACUUCACGAAGAGCGGCUUCCACCCAGACCCCAAACGGAAGGGCCAGUACCGGAGACUGUCGACAGUCCACUCCACACGAAUGCUCAACAAGUUCAAGCGCAGGAAGUUUCUGAAGACCAAAAAUCUGCUGACAGGAGAGACAGAAGCAGAUCCAGAGAUGAUCAAGCGAGCAGAGAGCCAUGGUCCUGUGGAGAUCAUCUCCCACUGGCAUCCCAAUCUAACCAUCAACAUGGUGGACGACCACACAGCCUGGGUCAAAGGCUCUGUGCCGCCACCGCUGGACCAACAUGUGAAGUUUGACGCCGUCAGCGGCGACUACUACCCCAUCGUUUACUUCAACGACUACUGGAACCUUCAGAAGGACUACUAUCCCAUCAACGAGACCUUGAGCAAACUGCCGCUGCGCCUCAGCUACUGCCCGCUGACCUUGUGGCGCUGGCAGCUGUACGCCGCUCAGAACGCUCGCUCGCCGUGGAACUUCCUGCCAGAGGACACGUACGAACAGUCUGACGAGGACCAAGACUCCGUCAAGGUUGCCCUGCUGGAAACCAACCCCUACCUCCUGGGCCUCACCAUCGUGGUCUCCAUUGUACACAGCAUCUUCGAGUUUCUCGCCUUCAAGAAUGACAUCCAGUUCUGGAACAGCCGACAGUCUUUGGAAGGCCUGUCGGUGCGCUCCAUCAUCUUUGGAGUCUUCCAGUCGCUCGUGGUGCUGCUCUACAUCCUGGACAACGAGACCAACUUCGUGGUGCAAGUCAGCGUCUUCAUCGGCCUCCUCAUCGACCUGUGGAAAAUCACCAAAGUCAUGGAUGUCAGAUUGGACAGAGAAAACAAAAUACUGGGAGUCAUCCCCAAGCUCAUUUUUAAAGACAAGUCCACUUACGUGGAGUCUUCAACCAAAAUCUACGACGAUAUGGCCUUCAGGUAUCUGUCCUGGCUGCUGUACCCUCUGUUUGGCUGCUACGCCAUCUACAGUUUAUUGUACGUGGAGCACAAAGGCUGGUACUCCUGGGUGCUCAGCAUGCUCUACGGUUUCUUGUUAACCUUUGGCUUCAUUACGAUGACGCCGCAGCUCUUCAUUAACUACAAGAUGAAGUCUGUCGCUCACCUCCCGUGGAGGAUGCUCACCUACAAGGCCCUCAAUACGUUCAUCGAUGACCUCUUCGCCUUCGUCAUCAAGAUGCCCAUGAUGUACAGGAUAGGAUGCCUCAGAGACGAUGUGGUGUUCUUCAUCUAUCUUUACCAGCGUUGGAUAUACCGGGUUGACCCCAACAGGGUCAACGAAUUUGGUACCAGCGGAGUGGAUCACAACCAGACCAACGGAGACGCAGUCACUUCUCCUGCCGAAGCCAUCACAGACAAACCAGAGGAGGAGAAGAAGAAGGACUAAAGCGGGCGACUCCCCCACUGUCUGCCACCCCCGGCCCGUCAUGCUGGCGCAGAGAGGACUCGUGGAACUUGGACAGGACUGGCGGCCAUCAUCCUUUAGCAUCCAUGGAAGCCGCAGCUAUAAAAAGAGUUUAAAAAAAGUCACGCAGUCCAACUGUUCCCUCGCUGUUCUGUGUGGAUCCACAGAGCUUCAUGAUCAUUGUAGACUUGGUAAAUCAUCAUUUUCGUUCCCCUUCGUCUCGUUUUGCAGUUCCAGUGAAGUAAAAACAAAACGUGAUGUACUGUAUUCUGUUUGAUUUCCGGAAGGCGCCACUGUCCGACAGUCAAGGUUGUCGGCGCCAGCACGGUUUCAGUAAAUAAUUUUUUUUAUACAAGGGAAAAAAAGAGACUAAGUGCGACUCUGGGUUCUCUGCGUAGCUUCCUCGUGCAAUUUUCUUUUCAUUCCACGUGAGGACGAGUCGUGCUGGAGGAAACUGGAACCGUGGUGACUGGACAGGACCUGUGCAGGACACCAGAGGGCUGCCACCAUUUUCAACAGAGGAUUCACCUUCUGAUGACAGACAGAAAAACUAACAGCCUCGUCGGGUCUCAUAUAAGUAUAUUAAUAUUGUCAUUUUUAUUUUGCAGUCACUGAAGCAAUUUUUGUACCUCCUGAAACUGUAACUGGGUCUCGACCCGCCAUGUUGGUGAUGUAACUAAUUAUUUAACAAGCUCCGAUCUGCAAGUCUAAUCUUACCUACCAGCUAGAUUUUGGACCCUCAAGUGUUUCACCCAGACACACACACACACACACACAGAGUGAGAAAGUUGUGCGCUUGAAGAAUUACAGUGUCUCUUGUUUUUAUUGUGAGUGCUGUAAAUCCUGGAUCAAACAGGGGGUCGUGUUGGUACAUAUUAAAUUUUGAACAUUCAUGUUUAUAGUAAAAUUUAAGUGUGAUUUAAAAAGAAAA